AUCGCGGUCAUCCAUAGUCUGUCAGGAGAGUCAGGACUGACUUGGACUGACUUGGACGGACUGUUGGCCGGACCAGCCACUGUGAAAAAUGUCGUCAGAGUUGGCAGAAAAUAUUGGAAGAGCUGUUUUGGACGCCAUUCGGAGUUUCCAAAAUGCACCUUUGGUGGCAGCGACGACCACACAACAACCACAUCGUUCGAGUUCUGCCAGUACCGCGCCUGGACCAGGACCAUCCCGCGUUUCCACCUUGACAGCACAACGCACGGGCACCAGUAACUCAACUCAAUUGACACCAGGAUCAAAUUUCCACACACCGAAUGAUCAUUCUGUUCCCCUUCCAUCAUUUCCUAGACAAGCUGCAUGCCCACGUUUUGUUAGAAAAAGCAAGGCCUGCAAGCAUUACACCAAAGAUAUUGUGUGCUUGCCUUUUUCUCCUCAAUCAAUGUUCUGUAUACCAAGAGGGGACUCCAGAACUAAAUUGGCACGAGAUGGCCUCAUAGGAAAGAUCUCCUUUACGUCUGACUGGAGCGAAACAGAACUUCAAGAGGAAAUAACUGCCAUAUUUAAAAAGACAUUUGCGUUACCCGUGGGCCAGCCUUUUCCAUUUGAAUAUUUGAGUACAAUCCGGGGAUCUAAAAGGUUAAUGAAACCAAAUGUGUCAAGCAAUUUUUCAUGGGGGGGGAAAGAAGUUGGCUCGAUUUCCUCCAGCACCUGUCUGUACAUAAUGGCAAGAAUCCACAAACCUGCCCAGGAACCUGAAGAGCUGUCGGAUAGUGACUUUGAAAGUCCAGCCAGGCAGAGGAGAAAAGUGCGUACAGCGCCACUGUCCCCAAGGGAAAGUGAGCUCCACUAUCAGGACCCAGAAGACCUCAGUGAUGAUGGGAGUGAUAAUGGCAGACAGGAAGAAAUGUCAUUGCACCAAGACAGAAUGCAUGAUCCAGUGUCUUCUUCACCAAUGGAAAGUGAGGCCAGACAUCAGGAGACAGGGGGAAGCACUCUAGAGAGUGAAAACGAGGGACAGGCAGAAGACUUGGGGCAGUUGUUUCCUUAUAACUUGGCAGAAUUUGUCCCUGUUUAUCUAGAGGAAGAUGAUGCUCUUGAAGAGGCAAUUCAGCGUAGUCUCCUGGAAGAGUCGGACAUGCCUAGUUCUGUUCAUGUUGUUAGGUCCUCUGAGAUGCUCAGCAGAGAAGAGAUUGCAGGCCUUCUGAAAGCUCAUAGUGAGAGAGUUGUAUCAGCAGGAACAAGACAAGUCCAUAUCAGUCGCGCAAAUGUGUGGAUCACAGCUUUGCGUCCGUUUAAAAGACCAAGUUUUGUGGAAAGCCAUGACAUGCUCUAUGUCAAAUUUGCCAGUGAUGAGCAAGAUGCUGAGGAAGAUGCUGCUGACUUUGGUGGACCCAGACGAGAGUUUUUCCGUUUACUGGUGAAGGCUAUCUUCCAAGACAGCGGAGCUUUUGAAGGCACCCCAAAUGGAUGUGCCCCAAGAUUGAACAUUCUCCACUUGCAACAAGGAGUGUACCGAACCAUUGGCAGAAUGAUGUCAACGAUAAUUGUACAAGGAGGUGAACCACCAGCGUUUCUGUCCCCACAUGUUGUGGACUACAUCGUGUCGGGUGACGUCCUCCAAGUACACGUCACACUUGACAAUAUAGGUGACCCUGGGUUAAGGGAGAACCUCAAAAAGGUUAAACAUGCAGCCACGCAGGAGGAUUUGGAGGAAGCCGUCAGCUGCUGUGACUCAUGGCGAUUUCAAGUCGAAGGUCUCCCACUAACUGUCACCAUGUCCAACAGAGAUGCGUUUGUGAAAAAUGCAGCUCUGUACCAUGCCAUUCUGCAACGGCAGAGCUGUCUUGAUCAACUCACUGAUGGCUUGUCUUACUAUGGGGUAUUGUCCCUCUUGAGAGAGAACCCCUGCUUGCGUGUACUGCUUGACAAACCAGAGGAAGGCCAAGAGCUGGGAGCCAACUUCAUUGCUGGUGUCCUCAAGCCAAGCUACUCUGUUUUGGGGAGUAACAGGAGAGCUAAGGAGGAGAUGACGGUGGUAAAAUUUCGGGAAUUUCUACAGUGUGUGGAAAAUAAAGAACUGCAAGAUGCAUUUGGAGACAGAACUCUAACCAAGGACGAGGAGGCGUUCCUGAAGGCUUUGAGCCCCGGUCACAUCCUGGCAUUUGCUACAGGAAGCAGCAAGGUCCCUGCCAUCGGUUUUCAUCCAACCCCUAAAGUUACAUUUAUUCACGAUGAAAGCAAAAAUUUCCCUAUUGCACAUACAUGUGCUAAUGAGCUUCAGCUUUUUGUGAACACAAAAUUAAUGGCUGAUGAUGAUGAAUUUCACUACUGCUUCCUGGUAGCACUGAUGAAUGGGUCUUUAUUCAGCACCAUCUGAAGAAAUGAAAUGAAAACUAGUCCCUUAGAUUUGUCAUGCACAGAAAAGCAUUAACAAAUGUAGGUCAGGCCUGAUAUGUUUGAAGCACCAGCUACGUUUUUUUCUCUGAUGUUCAGAUGUUAAUUCAUUUUUUUGUGUUGUGUGUUUUCAUGUGUAAAGUUUAAUGAAUCACAUGUGCUUUAUGGGACUCCAUAGGUUCAAAAUGAAAGUUUAACAUGACUGCAUUUGUGUUCCUUAAGCAUUACUACUUAUUACUGUGGUUGUUAUAUUUCAAUAGCCCUUCUAUGUUAAUGCUUCAUGGGAAAAUGGAGUAAACAGGAAUAUAAAGGAA